CAUCAGGCAGCACAUUUUUAGGCUGAAGCUGCGCACAUGCUACCCUGUGAAGUUUUAUCCAUAAGUUUUGUAGCGGGAAGACAAAAUAAAUUACGUGGUACAAGGAUCCUUAGUCUUUGACGUAAAUGAUGUUUUUCGUAUAAAAAAACCGUGUCGUGUGGAAUUUAAAAAAAAAAAUACCAUAGACGGGUAUGCUGCGUGAAAAAUUUUUUUAGUACAAAAUUAUUUUGACAAACUGUGAACGGUCUUAGAAUUUUUAAGGGAAAUCAAUCGAUGUAAUAAAAAACCAAAAUAAAAAAAGGAAUAACAUAUCGAGCAACAGUCUCAGUCUCAAACUAGUUGCAUAUGGAGGUGACAGGUGUGAAUUUUGGAGUAGGGCGAUUUGCGCGUGCGGGGGUGGUUUUUCCAAGCCAAUAGGAAGUCGAGGCGGGAACCACGUGGGACGUAUAAGAUACCAGACGCGCAGCCCGGCUGCCCAUUGCAUCCCUUAACUCUGCCGAAGGACCGCAAGGACUUUCAGAUUGACAAGGAUACAAAAUUGCGGAAGUUGUGAAGGAUCGUCGUCCUGUAACGGGUGAGCAAAAUCAGCUAUCCAGGACGAAAGGAUUUCAUCCAGGAAGGAUCGACUCUCCGGAGAUAAAACUCUUGGAGCGUCCGUUGAUAAGACAUGUUGUGGCUCUUUGGUAUCUUUGCGAUUCUUACGCCGACCACGUUUGCGAAUUUGGAACUUGAGAAUUUUGAGGGUCCUGUGGAUCUUGAUGAUAGUGGCAGAUAUGUCAAAUUUGGCAAAAUGGACCACCCUCCAUCCCUGUCGAACAGCAUCAACGAAGACAAUGCAGACGAACAAGAUAAUUCUGCAGCGAACGGAGAUGCAGGGUCAAAAUCCAAUAUCGAAUUGAACGAUUGCAACUUGGCGUCACGUAAGAAUCUUGUACUGUAUUUUCCUGGGAAAACUAGAGAGAUUUUGGUAAAAUGUUUGACACCUGAAGAAACGAACUUGAAAGACAGAUUGAGCGAAGCUGCGAAUAAAAGACGUAAAAGAUCCGUACAGUUUAGCGAGGAUGAGAACAGGAUUAAUAAUAAAAAUAAGCGUAACAGUUCGCCAAUGGCUACGUGGUUCCAUUUCCACACGCAAGAUAAGAUGAUACCGAUUCAAGAGAGGCAGGAUCCAUUACAGGAAAAGAAGAGUCCAGCUUUCAACCCUUGGGGUGGAAAGAGAAUGAUGGUUCUUCGUGAGAAUUUCAAUGGUCAACGAGCGAUGCGAAUGCCGUUUAACAGUUGGGGUGGAAAAAGAAGCGACGAGAGUUUUGAAAAGUACAACGAAGAGAAAAGGGGUAGAUUUUUCAAUUGGGGAGGGAAACGUGUUCCAUUCGACAGUUGGGGUGGGAAGAGAGCUAAGGCUACUGAGAGACAGAGAGUGCCAUUUAACAGCUGGGGUGGAAAGCGAGUUUCCUUUCACAAUUGGGGUGGAAAAAGGGGAUGGAUACUAGAAGAGGAUGGGAAGGAAACUGGUAAAGAUAGAAGACAUAUCUUUAAUUCUUAUUAUAAACGAAGCAAAACUGACAGUUCGGAUGAGUUAGAUGUUAAGAGAACAAAGUUCCAUGCUUGGGGUGGCAAAAGAAGUGAUGAUUUUUAUAGUGGACUAUCUAAACGAAUUCCCGAAGAAGUAAUAGAUAAGAGAAGUCCUUUAGAUUCAUGGAGUGUGUACCUUGAGUAGAAAAAUCACUUUUAAAGAUAUACUUUAUUGAAUAAAUUGUAUGGAGAACAAUAAAACCUCUUAAUGAUCCCCUCAUAAUAGGUGAAAAACGUGACGUGAUUGAAACUGGUGAUGACAUGGAAGCCAA